ACGUACACCUUUAUCAUGAUCACCAGAUGCCGAAAUGUUGAAAAACGCUCGUACGCAUACGAAUUUCGACGAAAAGAUGGCGCUGUUCAUCGAAAGCUUCAUGCCACACCCUGCGUUUGUCCAAAGGAUUGUGGCAGUUUGUGCGAAGAAGUGAAAUCAAGUUCAAAGCUGUCAGCACGAGAAGGAAAACUCUUCACUUUGGAUUUCAAUUCUAGGCACUGGUACUGUGUUCUUAAAUCUUUUUACUAUAAUUACGAAUGUAAUUCGAUUUUCACGCAAGAAUCGUUCGGGUUCAGUGGCAUAGUUAUAGUAUCGAGUCCUUUAUAUAAAAUGGAGAUUACGUCGUAUGGGAUAAAUGUGGCCAAUCGGUAUGAUCUUUUUUCACUUGAUGAUGAAGACGAGGACCCGAUAGAAGCUUUAAUUCAAAAUAAGCAUAGAGUUCCAAAAAAACAAAGUAUACAUACGAGCUCUGCAGCGCCCGACAUUGCCACAAAACCUAUUUCGAAAAAUCCAAGAAAUGCGGAAAAAGAGAAUAAAAUCAUCCAAAAUAAGGCUGUAAACAACGAAAAUAAGCACCCUGAUAAACAUUUAGAAUCGAAACUAAGUGCUACGGGAAAUUUACCUGUUCAACGCGUCGAAAAGCACGGUAUUAAGGAAACUCAAAAGGAUAAUAUUCGUGCGGCACGUGAAGAUGAUAACAAAAAUGGCUUUGCAGGAGGUAACGAUAGACGCCAUACAAACAAGACUAGUCCUAACACUGAGAACCGAGAUGAGAAAAAUAGAAAAAAUAGAGUUGCAGGCAACGAUGAAUCAAUUCAACGCAAAUUGCAGAAUGGAAACAAUAAGCGUUUUGAGACUCGUGGAAAACGCGAGUUUGAUCGUCAAUCUGGUUCUAACAAAACAGGAGUAAAAGCUGUAGAGAAACGUGAUGGUACUGGAUCCCAUAAUUGGGGCAGUGUAAAAAUUGAUGCAAAAGAUUAUAACAAUCUUCAAGCCGAUUAUUUGUCACCAGAAAAUGAUGAUGAUAAAGGAAAUAUUUCUGAUCAGACUAAGGAAGAACAAGAAGUAAAUGAUAAUAAAAUAAUAAUUGAAGAUGAACUGAAGGAAAUGACAUUGGAUGAAUGGAAAGCCCAGAUUGCUGCCGCUAGAUCUAAACCUCAGUAUAAUUUAAGAAAAGCUGGAGAAGGAGAAGAUGCAACUCAAUGGGACAAAAUGGUAGCACUGGAUAAAAAAAAAGCUAAUACUUCAGCCGAAGAAGAGAAUGAAACCCAAAAAACCGCUAAACAAAAACAAGUCCUCGAAAUUGAAUUUCAUUUCAAUGAUGGAAGGCGCGGUGGACUUAUGGGCCGUUCGAAAGCUCGUACGGGAAAAGGACCCAGGAAUACAGGACGACGUGAAAACGAAAAGAAAGAGACUUUCGAUGUACGUGAAGUGGAAGUGGAGAAACGCGAUCGACGCAAUCGUCCAACAAACUCGAGUGAUGGGUCAUUUGGGAAUUAUAAAUUUUCGAAACAAAGUUCUCGUGUCAAAAAUGCAGCUCCUAAAGUAGACGAUGAGCAUGAUUUUCCUUCGCUAGGUUAAUGAAUUACUUUUAGUUUGAAGAAUAAAAGUAAUAACCUCUAACGACUCACAGGUCGUAAACACUUGCUUCAUUUCUUAUUAGGUUUCUCCAGAAAUAAAAAUAUUCAAGGUAUAUCGAACAUUUUUUGACAUGUAGGGCUAUAACCGGAUAUAACAGUUCUUCAAAAUUUCAGAAUAAAAUAUAGAGUAUGUGAAA